AUGAACGCUUCCGCCACAGCGCACCCAACCACCGUAAGUGUCUGCAGGAGGCUGAUGAGACCAUCGAGGCUGUGAACUCAAAGUGAGCCUCUCUGGAGAAGACCAAGCAGAGGCUGCAGGGAGAGGUGGAGGACCUCAUGAUUGACGUGGAGAGGGCCAAAGCCUUGGCCGCCAACCUCGACAAGAAGCAGAGGAACUUUGAUAAGAUCCUAGCAGAGUGGAAGCAGAAGUUUGAGGUGGGCCAAGCUGAGCUGGAAGGAGCUCAGAAGGAUUCUCGCUCUCUCAACACUGAGCUCUUCAAGAUGAAGAACUCCUAUGAGGAGGAUCUGGAUCAGCUGGAGACCCUGAAAAGGGAGAAAAAAUAA